AUGGCUCCUCCGAAUGACGACGACGAUGUCAAAUCAAACAAGAGAAGCCAUUCGGAAAUGGCCGACCAAGAAGACACUGACAGCUCCUCCGACGAUGACAUGGGACCGCAGCUGCCCUCUGCUGCUGCACCCAAGAAGAAGCGUCGAGUUCUCAAGCACCAGAAACUCUACGUCUCCGCACUACCCACAUCCUCUCGAUACUCGAAGUCUUUGAUGCACAAGGAGCAGAUCUCGUUCGUUACGAUUACGCCCUUGACCGAGUUCCUCAUUACCUCUUCAGUCGAUGGUGUAGUGAAGUUCUGGAAGAAGAUCGCUCAAGGCAUUGAGUUCGUCAAAGAGUUCAAGGCACACAGCGGCGAGAUUAGGUCGGUGUCGGUCAGCCAGGAUGGGAGAAGCUUUGCGACAGCGGGCGCAGAUAAGACGGUCAAGAUCUUCGACGUCAUUACUUUCGACCUCCUAUCGAUGCUGCAACUGGAGUUUUCCCCAAGGUGUAUAUGCUGGGUUCACAAGAAAGGCGCCUCUCUGCCGCUGCUCGCCAUCUCGGAGGCCGAAGCUCCCUCAAUACACAUCUACGAUGGAAGGGGCGAGAAGCAGGAACCAAUGCAUACCAUCAAGAACCUGCAUCGCAGCGUCGUGUCAGUCAUGGCAUUCAACGACAGCUAUGAUUGUGUGGUAUCGGCAGAUGACAACGGCAUGAUCGAGUACUGGAGACCCAGCGGCAACUACGAGAAGCCAGACAACGUCUUCCAGUACAAAAGCUCAACCAAUCUCUUCGAGUUCAAGAAGGCAAAGUCUGUGCCCACAUCUCUUACUAUAUCUCCAUCUGGCAACCAGUUUGCGACGUUCUCGGUCCCCGAUCGCAAGAUUCGCCUUUUCGAAUUUGCCACGGGCAAGCUGUCGCGCACAUAUGACGAGUCGCUACGGACCAUUGAAGAGAUGCAGCAAGCAGGAACUGCUCUGCACAAAUUGGAAGACAACGACUUCAAGCGCCGACUUACUCAGGAGCGAGAUGUCGAGUCUUCUUCUUACCGUGAUAAGGUGAACAUCGUGUUUGACGAGUCUGGACACUUUAUUAUUUAUGGCUCCAUUCUUGGCGUCAAAGUGCUCAACACCUACACGAACCAAGUCGUGAAACUCUAUGGCAAAGAUGAGGGCUUCAGGGCCUUGAACUUGGCCAUAUAUCAAGGGCAGCCGCAGAAGAAGGGUGUCACGACAGUUGAGAUGGCUGCUUCGAGCAACCCGCUGCUGCAGGAGUCCGAGACAAGAGAUCCUAUCCUAUUCGCUACAGGCGUUGGCAAGGUGCGAUUCUACAUGUUCACGAAUGAAGAGGACAUCUCAAAGUCAACACGAGACGUUCACAAUGAGAAGCCAACCAUGCUCGGCGGUGGAAAGAAGACGGCGGAGGAGAAGAAGACAGAGACUGGGACGGCGGCCAUCAUCCACACAACUUAUGGCGAUAUUCAUAUUCGAUUAUUCCCAGACGCAGCACCAAAGGCCGUGGAAAACUUUGUCACUCACUCGAAGAGAGGCUACUACAACAAUACCAUCUUCCACCGUGUGAUCCGAAAAUUCAUGAUUCAGUGCGGCGACCCUCUUGGGGAUGGAACCGGCGGCGAAAGCAUUUGGGGUCGCGAAUUCGAGGAUGAGUUCAGCACGCUGAAGCACGACAAGCCAUACACGGUGAGCAUGGCCAAUGCUGGACCAAACACCAACGGCAGCCAGUUCUUUAUCACUACCGAGAAGACUCCGUGGCUUGAUAACAAGCACACGAUUUUUGGUCGCGCUAUCCAAGGUCUGGAUGUGAUCCAUAAGAUCGAAAACGUUCGAACUUAUAAAGAGAAGCCGGAGGAGGACAUCAAGAUCUUGAACAUAGACAUUGUGUAG